AUGGCUGAAAAGAUGGGAGUAGCGACUAGUAAAGUUGCUAAAGAACGUAACUUGGAUGCAUCCAUAGUGCUUGAACAUUUACCUCCCAUUGAUAUUUGUGUUUUCGGGCGAUCAGGUAUAGGUAAAUCAACAUUGAUCAAAGCAAUCACUAAUAUGAAUAUUCCAUCAUCGGCUCAAAUUGAUCAUGUCACACAAGUGUUAACUGAAGCAACCACUUGUAUAGAAGGAUUCACAUUUCGUUUUUGGGAUACAAAAGGAGUGGACAGUUGGCAAGAUAUAGAUGGUAUUGAUAAUAUAUUUAAUGAAAUGAGCGAACAAAAAGUACAACCUCUUUUCGUUAUUUAUUGUGCAGCGGCGAAUGGACGUGUCGAUAGUGAUAUUGUUGCUGGGUUUCUAACACGUUUUCGAGAAGCAAACAUUCUGAUUUGCUACGUAGUUACAAAUAUCUAUGCAGCAAGUGACAAUAAAACAGGUACACCACAAAAUUUAAGUACUAUUCUAACUAGUGGACAAACAACAUUUAAUAAAGUACGCAUUGAUGAAAAUCGUUCUAAGUAA